ACGAGGACGACGACGAUGGCGGUUGUUGAUCAGAUCGAAUUGAAGGCGAUCUCGUGUAAGGGCGUGAAGUCCUUCAACCUCUUCCAGAAGACUUGCCUCUCGGCCGCCGUCUUCUUGUCGUUCGCCGAUGCCGACCGCCCCCGUCGCACCCAGCGCCUGCAGACCACCGUCGACAGAGACGGCGGCGAGAACCCCGAGUGGGACCAGCCCAUGCGGUUCGACCGCGACGGUGACGACCUCGUCCUCGAGUUCGAGCUCAAGGACCACGGUGGCCUCCUCCCCGGCGACAAGAUCGUCGGCCGGGCCAGCGUCCCCGUCGCGGACCUCGCCGCGGAGCGGCUCCCCGGGGCCUUCCGCCGCGUCAGCUACCAGCUGCUCGCCCCCGACGGCAAGCCAAAUGGCAUUCUCUCCUUCGCGUACCGGAUCGACGGCCGGGGCGCUGAUAUCGCUCCGCCGCCGCCGGAUUUCUUGCCCACCGCCGCGGUGUUAGGUUAUAUGCCGCCGCAUGAUCCCCCGGCCAUACCGCCGCCGUUAGUUUAUUGCCCGCCGCCCGGGUCAAAUUCCAUGUAUCCUCCACCUGUUCCCACAGCCACGGCCCCGGUGUUGAGCUAUACCGCGCCGCCGGGAUCUAGUCCCAUGUAUCCUCCGUUGCCGCUGGAACCGGCAUGGUCGAUGCAUCCGCCUCCACCACCGUCAGAAUCGAUUUGGUCGCCCUGUCCUCCGCCGCCUUCCGGAGCGAAUUGGUCUAUGUAUCCACCAGCUCCGCCGCGACCGGAACCGAAUUGGCUGCUGUAUCAUCCGGCAGCAGAACCGGCGAUCUCGUACUCUGCACCGUCACCGCUGGAGGCGCCAACGUAUCCUCCGCCUCCGGGCCCGGCGGCGACGGGUUACGCGAAUUGUGACCAGCGGCACGUUGCGUAUGGGUGGAUGACGGACGGUUGGCAUCCGGGGGCGUAUGGUCGCUAGAAGCUUCCUCUAGCGAUUGCUUCAUUCGCUGCAUGGGGCCGGGAACACUUCUCCAGAAACUUCUUUGGUAUGUCUACACCACUGCGAUUUUUUCCCCAUCAAAAUUCAAUGUUUUGGGUGUUUAUUCAUAUAAAGUUAAGCUUGCACAUCUAUAAAUUCUUGUGAGAUGGAAUGUCUUUGUAAUGAGACAUUGAAUUGGUAAUGAUAUUAAGAUCCCUAUAAAUUAUGACAGUGAGAUACUAAGGCCAUCUUAGUUGCUUUGGAGAUUUUAUGUAAAUAUUUUUGAUUUAAACUAUGGUCGACAUUAAUAGAGUCGAGGGACAUUAUACAUCCAAUUGGAAA